AUGAACCGUGCUAAGACCUACGACGAAAACGUCCACUGCAUCGCCGACUUGGAGGCAGCUGCAAACGAAAUACUCUCUCCUAUGGCCCGUGAUUUCUACAGCGGCGGGUCCAUGGAUUUGACGACAGUGGCGGAAAACAAAAGCUCGUACGAUAAGUACCGCCUUCGUCCUAGGGUCAUGGUGGACGUGAGCGAUGUGGAUACCUCCACCACCUGCUUGGGUGCAAAAGUCGCUUUUCCAUUGGGCAUUUCGCCAGCAGCCAACCACGGCAUGGCUCAUCCUGAUGCUGAAUUGGGUACUUCCCGUGCUGCUGCAAAAAAGGGCGUAAAUAUGAUCUUGUCCUCUUGGGCCAACUCCUCAUCCAAGGAUGUCAUUGACCAGGGCAAGGACAGUCCAAACGCUUAUGGACAGCAGCUCAGCGUGGUGAAACACGAUGCUACCAAUAUGAUGAUCAUCAAAAACGCCGAAGCUGCGGGCUACAAGGCGCUUUUCAUCAGCGUGGACUGUCCGUGGCUUGGAAGAAGACUCAACGAAAUGAGAAACGGCUUCAGACUCCCAGACCACCUCAACUUCCCCAGCUACCCGUGGAUUAACAGCACCAACAUGGUCAGCGACGACGAUAGAACACAGUACCAUCCCAGUCUCACGUGGGAGUAUGUUCGUUACCUCAAGACCAAGACGUCCAUGCAAAUCUGGCUCAAGGGCAUUCUCACUGGUGAAGAUGCAGCUGCUGCUGUAGAGGCUGGAGCUGACGGGAUUCUUGUAUCCAAUCAUGGUGGAAGACAAUUGGACGGCGCCAUGUCCACGUUGGAUGCAUUGCCUGAGGUGGUUGCUGCAGUGAAAGGCAGAAUUCCUGUCCACAUUGAUGGAGGCAUUAGAAGAGGCAGUGAUAUUUUCAAGGCAUUGGCCCUAGGCGCCGAUCACUGCUGGGUAGGAAGAGUUCCUCUUUGGGGUCUUGCCUAUAACGGACAAGACGGUGUGAGUCUUGCUCUUAACAUUCUCCAUGAUGAGUUCAAGGUGGUGAUGGCGCUUAUGGGAUGUGCUCGUGUGGAGGACAUUGGACCGCAGCAUUUGGCCAGAAUGGGUUCUGAUGGUGCUAUUUACCGUUUGGCGCCUUUGGCUAAGCUUUAG